AUGAAAAUGCAAUGCUCAGUUUGGGUCUGGGGUAGGAACACAUGUAUUCCGUGCUUUAGAAAGUACAGCAGCAAUGUAACAAGCAGAGGAACAAACAUUAUUAAGGUAUGAUAUAAUUAAUUUAUUAUUAUCUUUCAGUUGAAUGAAAAGUCGGCGAAGAAAGAUGAGAAAAUAGCGAAGAAAUUAAAACCCUCCUCGCUGGGUUUACUGGCUAUUCCAGUUGCCGCAUUUGGACUGGGAGUCUGGCAAACAAAAAGAUUAAAGUGGAAGGAAGGUCUGAUUGCUCAUUUGAAAGAUCAGGUUCUCCAAGAGGCCAUUCCAUUCCCUUCCAGGUUUGUCACUCACCUUCAGGUUUAAAAAUUUUUUUUGUUUGGGUAUUUAUAUUUGAUACCUUCCAGGAUGGAAGACGUCACACAUCUGGAAUAUCGUCGAGUUAAAAUACGAGGACGGUUUUUAUAUGACAAGGAAUUUGUCAUUGCUCCACGAGGUAGAUUCGAUGAGGGUUUCAAGGAUCAAGGACAAGGUUUAAUAGGAAAUAGCCAGUCGUCUUCACAUGGCGGUCAUUUCAUUACUCCUUUUCUGAUAGAAGGAACAAAGUAGGUAGCUUUUUUAUGAUAAUUACCUGUUUAGUCAGAUAAUAAUGGUAAACCGAGGAUGGCUGCCAACUGAGAAGUUCAAUUACGAGAAAUCAAAAAAGAGGAAUUAUAAAAUCGUGGAAAUAGAGGCGAUUGUUAGGAAAACGGAAAAGGUAAGGAUAACAUGAAAAUUUUAUUCUGCUGUUCUAUCCUUUAGCGCCCGCAAUUUGUGAGCCAAAAUCAACCAGAGAGGAAUAUGUGGUUCUACAAAGAUCUCGACCAGAUGGGGAAACAUUGUGGCGCAUUACCAGUUCUUGUAGACCUUGUUUAUGGUAAGUGUUUAGGAUAUAGCGAAGUAUAAAAACGAAAAAACCUAGUGAUAUCUUUCAUUUAGACCCACGAAAAGUGGAUGAGCCGAUUGGGGGGCAAACCAAUAUAAAUUUGCGAAACGAUCAUCUUUCCUAUCUAAUUACAUGGUACUCCUUAUCUGGCAUAACAUUGUUCAUGUGGUACUCCAAAUUUUUGCGCUGA